AUGAAGGGUUUCACUCUCCUCUCGGCACUCGCUGCCGCCGGCAUCGUGUCCGCCUCUCCCACCAAGCGCGCCGACCCCACCCCGGUCACCAUCAAGGGCAACGCCUUCUACAAGGGCAACGACCGCUUCUACAUCCGCGGUAUCGACUACCAGCCUGGUGGUGACUCUGCCCGUGUCGACCCCCUCGCCGACAAGUCGAUCUGCUCCCGCGAUAUUGAGUGGUUCAAGGACCUCGGUGUGAACACCAUCCGUGUCUACACCGUCGACAACUCGGCCGAUCACACCGAAUGCAUGGGCCUUCUCGCCGACGCCGGUAUCUACCUCGUCCUCGAUGUCAACAACGGCCUCUACUCUCUCAACCGUGCCGACCCGGCUCCGUCGUACAAUGCCGCUUACCUCCAGAGCAUCUUUGCUACCGUUGCCGAGUUUGCCAAGUACAAGAACACCCUCGCCUUCUUCUCGGGUAACGAGGUCAUCAACGCCAAGGGCAACGAGUUCAACGCCCCCUACAUCAAGGCCGUUACCCGUGAUCUGCGUGCUUUCAUCAAGGCCCAGAACCUUCGUGCUAUCCCCGUUGGCUACUCUGCUGCUGAUGUCUCUGAGAGCCGCUCCCAGACUGCCCUAUACAUGAACUGCGGUCCCGACGAGGUCCGCUCCGAUUUCUUCGCCUUCAACGACUACUCGUGGUGCAACAGUGACUUUACCACCUCAGGCUGGGACGCGAAAGUCAAGAACUUCACCGACUAUGGCCUUCCCCUCUUCCUCUCCGAGUACGGCUGCAACAAGAACACCCCUCGCAAGUUCGACGAGGUUAAAGCUAUGAUGAGCAAAGAGAUGACUGGUGUCUACUCCGGCGGUAUAAUGUACGAGUACUCGUAUGAGGAAUCUAAGUACGGCAUUGUCGAUCUUGACGGCUCCAAGGGCCAGGGCAAAGUCACCAAGCACGGUGAUGGUGCCGAGUAUGACAACUUCAAGAAGUCCCUCCAGGCCAACACUGCUCCUAGCGGCGACGGCGGUGCCUCGCUGACCUCUCACGACAAGCCAUGCCCUGCCAAGAGCGCCGACUGGAACGUCGACCCCAAACUUCUCCCUGAGAUGCCCACGCAGGCUCAGAAGUACAUGAAGGAGGGUGCUGGUAAGGGCCCUGGUCUGACUGGCUCUGGCUCCCAGACUGCUGGCGACUCUGGUCUUUCCACCAAGAACGUCACGGUUGACGGCAGUGGCUCCACCACUACCGGUAGCAAGGACAACGCUGGUGCCAUUUCCGGCUCCUCCAUGGUUGCCACAUUGGCUUCUGUCGCUGUCGCUGUUGCCGGCAGUCUGCUCCUGUAA